CUCUUCCUUAAAAAAGGAAAGCCAGCAAAAGUGCACACACGACAGGGUUGCUCUCUUCUGUUUAUAUUAUUCUUGUUGCUGCUGUUGUGUUGUAUGGCCAGCGAGCCAAUUAGUAAUUUCCCCUUCUCCUGCGAAUUAUAAAUUACGCGCUCUCUCACUCUAACCCCUUUUUUCCCUCUCUCUCUCUCUCUCUCUCUCUCCUCCCUAUCUCCGUCGCGAUUAUCGACGCUGUUCAUCGGCCAUGGCGAUCUGAGAGAAUGUCUGCGGCUUCUCUCCUCGCCAUAAUCUUUGUCUCCUCCUCCCUCUAACAAGCAACACGAGCGUAAUAAUAAGAAUGUCUGCAUUGGAUCCUCUCGAUUCGCUCCUCUUUUCUCUCGGCAGAGCGUUCUGCAGCCCGCUAGCAGUUUUCGUUCAGAUCCAGGGCUGUCUAAUAUGUUUGAUUCUUGCCUUCGGAUGGGCUUGUGCGGCUUAUGUCAGGAAUAGAGAGAUUAAUCGGAUGAAGGAUAGUAUGCAACGAGGCAAUAGCUUUGCUUUCCUUUGCCAUGAUAUCACUGAACUUGAGCACUCAAAUCAGCUCAAACUGCCAAGAGUAACAGUUGUUAUGCCUUUGAAGGGAUUUGGAGAACACAACUUACACAACUGGAGAACCCAGGUCACUUCUCUCUAUGGUGGUCACUUAGAAUUUAUGUUUAUUGUGGAAAGCACAGAAGACCCUGCUUAUUGUGCUGUAUCUAUGCUACUAUCAGAGCUUAAGGAUGAGGUUGAUGCUAAGAUUGUUGUGGCUGGUAUUUCAACAACCUGUAGUCAGAAAAUUCACAACCAAUUGAUUGGAGUGGAGAAAAUGCACAAAGACAGCAAGUAUGUAUUGUUUUUGGAUGACGAUGUUAGGCUUCACCCUGGAUCGAUUGGAGCCCUAACCGCGGAGAUGGAGAAAAAUCCUGAUAUAUUUAUCCAAACCGGAUACCCCCUUGAUUUGCCUUCGGGAAGCUUAGGGAGUUACUGCAUUUAUGAAUACCAUAUGCCUUGCUCAAUGGGCUUUGCUACUGGUGGAAGGACAUUCUUUCUGUGGGGAGGAUGCAUGAUGAUGCAUGCAGAUGAUUUUAGACUCGACCGCUAUGGAGUGGUCACAGGACUUAAAAAUGGUGGUUACUCUGAUGAUAUGACUCUUGCAGCUAUAGCCGGUGCUCAUAAAAGGCUCAUCACAUCACCUCCAGUUGCCGUUUUCCCCCAUCCGCUUGCAAGUGAUCUUACUUUUCCAAGGUAUUGGAAUUACUUGAGGAAGCAGACAUUUGUGUUGGAAUCAUAUACCACAAAAGUUAACUGGAUUAUGAACCGUGCAUUGUUUACCGUCCACUGCUAUCUCUCAUGGGGAUUUGUAGCACCAUUCUUAAUGGCCAUUAUUCAUAUCACUGCAGCCCUACGAAUGUAUAUUAAGGGGUAUUCAAUUGAGGAAACAACCUUCACUUUUGGUGGAUUGAAACUGGUAGGCUGCCUAGCGACAUGCACAAUUAUCGAACUUCUUUCGAUGUGGAACUUGACCAGGAUAGAAGUUCAUCUAUGCAACAUGUUAUCACCGGAGGCGCCUGAACUCUCACUUGCUACUUACAACUGGAGCCUUGUAUUUAUUGCACUCAUUGUAGAUAAUUUUUUGUACCCCGUCUCUGCCUUCCGUUCUCAUUUCUCUCAGUCGAUAAAUUGGUCUGGUAUUCGAUAUCACUUAAAGGAUGGGAAGAUAUUCAAGAUUGAACGAAGCAAGGAUAUGGGUCCAGUAUAUACGGAUUUGGGAGGAAAGCAUUUAGGGAAGAAAGAAGCUCCUCCGAAAUUGUCAUUCCUGAGCUCUUUGGCCAGAAGUUUGGCACAAUGGCGCCAGCCGAAGAAAUAUGAUAUCUAGUGAAUGUGAUUGGAGAAAACACCUUUCGAUCGAUUUUCCCAGAGUUUCAAGAUCGGAUGGGUGACGAGAUUGUUAGAAGAAAAAAUCUGUUGGGGUUAGAUUGGUUGGCCAUUCAAUUAUUGAUUUAUUGAAGUGUUUUUAGAAAUUUUAGUCUCAUUUUUUCGAUACCCCUUCAAUCCAUUUGAUUCUUCAGCCUCAAACCCGACCUGCCUCGGUUGAUUUGUAAUCUGCACCUUUUUGUUUUUAGUUAUGUAAUUUAAAUUCUUAUACAGUUGAGAUUUAAAGGAUAGUAAGUAGAGAUUUGAUUCCA